AUGGGUGAUCGUGGUUGUUUCAAUUGUGGUGACCCUGGUCACUUUGCUCGGGAAUGUCCAAAUGCUUCCUCUGAUCGAGGCGGCCGUGGCCGUGGUGGUGGAGGUGGUUACAGCAGGGGCCGUGGACGUGGCGGUGGUGGAUACGGAGGUGGUGGUUAUGGUGGUGGUGGUGGCGGCGGUUACGGUGGUGGAGGUGGCGGAUACGGUGGCAACCGUGACUCCACUUGCUACAACUGUGGCGAGGCCGGUCAUUUUGCGCGCGACUGCACCGCCCCAAGGGACCAGAGCAACAGCGGAGGUGGUGGCGGCGGCGGUGGUCGUAGCGAUGUUCAGUGCUACAACUGUCAGGGUUAUGGCCACAUCUCCCGCAACUGCCCCGAAGCCCGCAAGUAA